AUGCAGAGGAUUUCCAGUCCAGAGGUAAGGAGCUCCCAACAGCGCACGCUCGAGAGACUGGAAAAAGCCAAGAGGAUUUUCAUUCUGGUGUCCGAAUUGAAGGCUUGCAGCAGCUCUAAGGACUUGGACAGAGGUAGGAAAAUCCAUGCCCGAGCUGUAGCAAUUGGAGAGAGCUCCAACAUCUACGCAGCGACAACUCUCAUCAACAUGUACUGCAAAUGUGGAAGCCUGGUGGACGCUCGCAGCGUGUUUGACAGAAUGCCACUUUGCAACGCCGUGGCAUGGACUGCUCUCAUGCUGGGUUAUGCGGAGAACAGCUUGGAGGAACAGGCCUUGGAACUCUUCUCCGCUAUGCAGUCGCGGAGGUUUAGCUGCGUCCCUGACUCGCGCACCUUCGUGGUGGCUCUCAAGGCGUGUGUUGGACUGGCAACGAAGGAAGCUGUCCAGGACAUCAACGGGAAGCUUGUGAAGAUGAAGUCACUGGAGAAAGGAAUGGCUGUUCACCACCAAGCCGUAAGGGUAUUACAGGGAGCUUUAGCUAUAGCACAGGAUAUCUACCUGGGAAGUGCGCUCGUCAACUUUUACGCAAGAUGUGGGGACUUGAGCAGCGCUAGCAGAGUUUUCGACGAGAUGUCGAGCCGGAAUGCUGUCGCCUGGAACGCUCUGAUGCUCGGGUAUACGGAGAGUGGCGAUUCGGAGCGGGCUUUGGAGCUGCUGGAACGGAUGCUGGGCGAGGGAUGCACUCCCAACGCCAGGAACUUCGUGGUGGCGUUGAAGGCCUGCUCGAGUUUGGCCGGGGACGAGGCUGGCAGCAAAGUCGAUGGGAAACUCGUCAAGGUGGUGUGCUUGGAAAAAGGCGUGGCCGUGCACUCGCAGGCCGUCAAGUAUGGCUGCGAGGCGGAUAUCUUCGUCGGGAGCACGCUGGUGGACGUCUACUCCAAGUGUGGAAGCCUCCUUGACUCUUGGAGAGCUUUCGAGCGAAUGCCGAGGCGGAACGCGGUGUCGUGGAACUCACUGAUGCUGGGGUAUGCCGAGAACGGGGAGCCGGAAGCAGCACUCGAUUUGUUUGUCCGCAUGGCCAACGAAGAAGACGAAGCUAGUCCAGACGAUCGAAGCUGUGUUGCCGCGCUCAAAGCCUGCGUUAUUCUGGCAGCCAAGGAAGAGGAAGGCCGCGGAGAGAAGCUGGUGAAGAUGGGAGCGCUCGAGAAAGGGAUGGCUAUUCACGCUCGAGCUGCGAGUAAGCACUUCGAGCGGGAUAUCUUCGUCGCCAACACGCUCGUGGACAUGUACUUCAAGUGUGGAAGUAUGGCGGACGCUUCCCGAGUCUUCGGCAGGAUAGAGAAUCCGACAGUGGUUUCCUGGACGUCGUUGAUACUGGGAUACGUCGACAACGGCGAAGGAGCUCUGGCUCUCGGGCUCUUCGAUCAGAUGCAAGCUCGGGGUUGCCGGCCGAGUGCUCAGACUUUCGUGGCCGCGAUGAGAGCUUGCACUUGCGAGGCUUCGAAAGAUGGUGGCGAUGGGAAGCUUGUCAAGAAAAAACAGUGGCUGCAGCGCGGGAUGGCCGUCCACGAUCAGGCAGUAAAGCGGGGACUGGAAUCCAACAUCUUCGUGGCAAGCGCAGCGGUGGAUCUCUGCUCCAAGUGUGGCAGCAUGGACAACGCCCGGAAGAUCUUCGAGCAAAGUCCCUCGAGCCACGGUUUGGCCUCGUGGAACGCACUGAUGCUCGGUUACGUGGAGAACGGCGACGCAGCAUCGGCACUCGGCUUGUUCUCGCGGCUCCAGAGGCAGAAAAACUCGUGGAGCUCGUCACCCAACGCUAGAACUUACGCUGCUGCGCUCAAGGCCUGUGGAGCUCUCGGUCUUCUCAGCUCAACCAAGCUCGUCCACGCGGAGAUCUGCCGCUGCAGAGCCUCGUCCGACGCAGUGCUGGCCAACUCGCUCGUCGACGCCUACGGCAAGUGCGGCGGCCUCGACCACGCGCAACAAGCUUUCGACUCCAUCGCCAGCCCGGACGCCAUCACCUGGAACGCGCUCAUCACGUCUUACAGCUCCCAGGGAGACACCGACCGAGUUUUCCAGCUCCUGGGCGAGAUGCUAGGCCGGGGAUGGGAGCCGAGCGCCGUGACUUACACCUCGCUGCUCAUCGCGUGUAGCCGCGGGGGUCUGGUGGAUCGGUGUUGGAAGUUCUUCCGGGAGAUGGAGUCCAAGCACGGGGUGGCUCCUCGCAUCGAGCACUACCACUGCGUGAUGGACACACUGGGGCGAGCCAACCGGGUGGAGGAGGCGGUGAGGCUGGCGGAGGAGAUGCCGUUUGAGCCGAGUGGAGUGACUUGGACGACGGUGUUGAGCGCUUGCGAGAGCGUGGAGGCCGGGAGGGGCGCGUUUGGAUCGUUGCUCGGGAUGGAGGAGGCGGACAGGAAGGCUGGCUGCGCUCUCAUGUCCAACUUGUGUAGUAGUAAAAUCUAA